GCGGCCGCGGGAGGCGGUCGGCCGGGGCCACCGCUAAGGCCGCCGGAGCCGGCCGGAGCCGGCGCUGAGGAGGGGCCAUGAGCUGGUUCAAUGCCUCGCAGUUGUCCAGCUUCGCCAAGCAGGCCCUAUCCCAGGCCCAGAAGUCCAUCGACAGGGUCUUGGACAUCCAGGAGGAGGAGCCGAGCGUCUGGGCCGAGGCCAUCCCGUACGGCGAGCCGGGAAUAAGUCCCCCCGUGAGUGGAGGAUGGGAUACUUCAACCUGGGGAUUGAACUCGAGCACUGAACCUCAGAGUCCACCAACAGCCUCUCAAGCAAUUACAAAGCCGGUUCGAAGGACUGUAGUAGAUGAAUCUGAAAGUUUCUUUAGUGCCUUUCUCUCUCCAUCGGAUGUCCAGACCAUUCAGAAGAGUCCAGUGGUAUCAAAACCUCCAGCUAAAUCACAGCGUCCAGAAGAAGAAGUGAAAAGCAGUUUACAAGAAUCGUCAUCUCCUGGCCAGUCCAGAGCUUCUGAGACAGCUGAGUCUGAAGUGACAGAUCCUGUGUGUGUUGGAGGAGAGACUCCAGCUGUGGGUACUCCCUCACCCGUACCUGAAGACAAGCAUGAAGAAACUGCCAGUGAAGAGUCUGAGGUGAAGGUGCCCAUUGUGGGAUUGAAGGUGUCUGAGAAUGUAGUUAGUGUAAACCCAACAGAAGAUGUAUCUACCACAAGCACUCAGUCUCUUACGGCAGAAACUAAGGAUAUGGCUUUGGAACCUAAAGAGCAAAAACACGAAGACAGACAGAGCAACACGCCUUCUCCUCCUGUUAGCUCCUUCUCGUCAGGCACUUCCACCACUAGUGACAUUGAAGUUUUAGAUCACGAAAGUGUAAUAAGUGAGAGCUCAGCUAGUUCAAGGCAAGAGACUUCGGAUGCAAAGUCAAGUCUUCACCUCAUGCAGACGUCAUUUCAGCUUCUCUCUGCAUCUGCUUGUCCUGAAUAUAGCCGCUUAGAUGACUUUCAAAAGCUCAAUGAGAGCUGCGGCUCAUCGGAUGCUUUUGAAAGAAUAGACUCGUUUAGCGUGCAGUCUCUGGAUAGCCGGAGUGUAAGUGAAAUCAAUUCAGACGAUGAACUGCCAGGCAAAGGCUAUGCUUUAGUACCUAUAGUAGUGAGUCCUUCAGCCCCAAAGACUAAAGUAGUAGAAUCUACUGAAGAGAAUGCUGAAGAAGAGGAAGGAAACAAGACAUUAAUUGCACCUUCUGAAGAAGCAGAAUUAGAGGAAAGUGGCCGAAGUGCUACUCCAGUUAACUGUGAACAGCCAGAUACAUUGGCUUCUCCUACACCAGUAAAUGGCAGGGACUCUGCCUCUGGACCGGCCGCUGAGCAGUGUGAAGCUGCUGAACACCAGCCGAAAGCACCACCGGAGAAAGAAGAUGUUUGCAAGACAGUUGAAUUUCUGAAUGAGAAACUAGAAAAGAGAGAGACUCAGUUAUUGUCCCUUAGUAAAGAAAAGGCACUUCUAGAGGAAGCUUAUGAUAACCUGAAGGAUGAAAUGUUCAGAGUAAAAGAAGAAAGUAGUAGCAUUUCUUCUCUGAAAGAUGAAUUUACCCAGAGAAUUGCAGAAGCAGAAAAGAAAGUUCAACUAGCCUGCAAAGAGAGAGAUGCUGCUAAGAAGGAAAUGAAAAGCAUAAAGGAAGAACUUGCCACUAGAUUAAAUAGUAGUCAAACUGCAGACCUUUUGAAGGAAAAAGAUGAACAGAUUCAAGGCUUAAUGGAAGAAGGAGAAAAACUUUCAAAGCAGCAGCUGCAUAAUUCCAACAUCAUUAAGAAAUUAAGAGCUAAAGAUAAAGACAAUGAAAAUGUUAUUGCAAAGCUGAACAGAAAAGCUAAGGAGCUGGAAGAGGAGUUACAGCAUUUACGACAGGUCCUUGAUGGCAAAGAGGAGGUUGAGAAACAACAUAGAGAAAAUAUUAAAAAACUAAAUUCUGUGGUAGAACGCCAGGAGAAAGAUCUUGGCCGACUUCAAGUAGACAUGGAUGAACUUGAAGAGAAGAGCCGAAGUACUCAGGCGGCUCUAGAUAGUGCGUACAGAGAACUUACCGAUCUUCACAAAGCCAAUGCUGCUAAGGAUAGUGAGGUACAGGAAGCUGCUCUGAGGCGUGAGAUGAAGGCUAAAGAAGAACUUUCUGGGGCACUGGAGAAGGCCCAGGAAGAAGCUCGUCAGCAGCAAGAAGCAUUAGCACUUCAGGUGGGGGACCUUAGGCUAGCGCUGCAACGGGCAGAACAGGCAGCUGCCAGAAAAGAGGAUUACUUACGCCAUGAGAUCAGUGAACUUCAGCAGAGACUCCAAGAAGCAGAGAAUCGAAACCAAGAGCUGAGUCAAAGUGUUUCAUCAACAACAAGACCGUUGCUUCGACAGAUAGAAAAUUUACAAGCAACUCUAGGAUCCCAGACAUCAUCAUGGGAGACGCUCGAGAAGAAUCUUUCUGAUAGGCUUGGUGAAUCACAGACCUUGUUGGCUGCAGCAGUUGAAAGAGAACGUGCAGCUACAGAAGAACUCCUGGCCAACAAAAUCCAGAUGUCUUCAGUAGAGUCACAGAAUGCGAUAUUACGACAGGAAAACAGUAGACUUCAGGCCCAGCUAGAGUCGGAGAAAAAUAAACUAAGAAAACUAGAGGAUGAAAAUAGUCGGUACCAGGUUGAAUUAGAAAACCUAAAAGAUGAAUAUGUAAGAACGAUUGAAGAGACAAGGAAAGAAAAGACACUUUUGAGCAGUCAGUUAGAAAUGGAAAGAAUGAAAGUUGAACAAGAAAAGAAGAAAACCAUUUUCACUCAAGAAGCACUAAAAGAAAAGGACCACAAGCCGUUUUCUGUUUCUAGCACUCCCACCAUGUCACGUUCCAGCUCUAUAAGUGGAGUAGACGCUGCAGGGCUGCAAGCAUCCUUCCUGUCUCAGGAUGAGUCUCAUGAGCAUUCAUUUGGGCCAAUGUCCACAUCAGCCAGUGGGAGCAAUCUUUAUGAAGCUGUACGGAUGGGAGCCGGAUCAAGUAUUAUUGAAAAUCUGCAGUCUCAGCUAAAGCUGAGGGAAGGAGAAAUUAGUCAUUUACAGCUAGAAAUUAGUAACCUAGAAAAAACUCGAUCCAUAAUGUCCGAAGAGCUAGUUAAAUUAACAAACCAGAAUGACGAACUUGAGGAGAAAGUGAAAGAGAUACCCAAGCUUCGAGUUCAGCUGCGAGAUUUGGAUCAAAGAUACAACACUAUUCUGCAGAUGUAUGGAGAAAAAGCAGAAGAAGCAGAGGAACUUCGCCUGGAUCUUGAAGAUGUAAAAAAUAUGUAUAAAACUCAAAUAGAUGAACUUCUAAGACAGAGGCUCAGUUAACUUGUGUGUAUUCCCAUCAAACUAAAUGUAAACACUUAAUAUAUAAAUGCAGACUUCCAAUAAAUUCUUUUACAGAAUUAGAAACUGGGAUUUGGUGUAGAUUGUAAAAACCUUUUAAAAAAAUUAUUUUCUAGUAUGUAGUAAUAUUUGCAGUUAAAUUAUUUUAUGUAAUAUUUGAAUUUUAUUUUUGAAAUUAUUCUUUAAAAUUUUAUUUUUUAAAGCUUUUUUUUUCUUUCCGGUGCCUUGUACAGCACAGAGACUUAUUACUUUAUCCACAGGAAAGGAGACUGGUGUUUUCGUAUUAUUGUGGAUAUAUAAUUAAUUGUAUCUAAUUUGUAUGUGUUUGUACAUAUUGAGAGAUUUACAGAGUAAUGUUAACAUCGAAAUUUUGAAAUCUUUCACACUGAAAUCUUCAACAUAUUUCUUAAAAGUGUUUUAAACAUUUGAGUAAAAAGGUUAUUAAGCCUGUGGCUACUAAAUUAUAAACUGUUUUCCUUUAAAAGCAGAAGUCACACUGACAUGUCUAGAAUUUAAAGAGUAAUUUAAACUUAAAAAUAUUUUUGUUUUGAAAAUUUAUUCCAUGUAUCUUCCACAAUGAAGUGUGAACAAAUGUGGAUGCUUUUUGUUACUUAUCCAAAGAAAGCUACAAAUAUUCAAUAUUAACUAGGCAUAAUUGGGUUGUGGGAAAUGUUGCUUGUAGUAAAUUGUGAUAGAUAGCAUCAGUAGCAGGUCCUUUUGAAGUAUUUUACUACGGUGUUAAAUGAAUCUUAACAUAAUAAAGUCAUUAACAAAAUGUACUCUUAAAAUUAGUCAAUUUACUCUUAAAAAUUAGUUUCAUACAAUUAUAUUUUGGAACAUUAAAAAUGAAUGUUUUAAAACAAUCUCCAUAGCAAAACAGAAAAGUAAUAGGAGUACAUUCAAAUUGGGGAUUUUAUAAUUUUGUGUAGUUUAACAGUUUUUCCUUGAACCUUCAACAAACAAAUAGCAAAGAGUAGUGUAGAAUAAGUUUAGAAUAUAGUUUUUCCCUUUUCCAAAUGUUACUUUGUUAAUCAGGUUGUAGUUUAGACCUGUAAAAUAUUUUGAUAGAUUUUAUUACUUAAAUUAUUUAAUUGCUUUUAUCACGGUCCCUCUUUAUCUGUUCUUUUGCUUUUUGUGGUUCUAUCUAAGAUAAAAAAAAAUAAUCCAAAAAUACAUGGAAAUUCCAGAAAUAGAGUUAAUAAAUGUUAAAGUGUAUGGUGCUCAGAGUA